GUACCCGUCAAGACUAUUACCAAAAAUGUGCCACAACCUUACCCCGUGGAAGUAGCCAAACCGUAUCCUUACCCGGUUAAGGUAGCUGUUCCAGUCGACAAACCGUACACCGUUGAAGUACCCAAACCGUACGCUGUUCACGUCGAGAAACCGUACCCCGUCAAAGUUCCAGUACCCCAUCCAUACCCCGUGGUCAAGGAAGUGCACGUGCCUUACAAAGUAGCUGUCGAUCGCCCAUAUCCCGUGCACAUAGACAAACCGUACCCAGUGUACGUCGAAAAGCAAGUGCCUUAUCCGGUCGAGAAGCAGGUCCACGUACCGGUCAAAGUUCCGGUCGAACGGCCAUACCCAGUGCACGUGCCCGUCGAGAAGAUCGUACCGUACCCGGUCGAGAAGCCCGUCCAUUACCCGGUUAAGGUUCCAGUCGAACGCCCGUACCCCGUACACGUGGUGAAGAGUAUCCCUUAUCCAGUCGAGAAGGAAGUACCGUAUCCAGUGUUCAAGACGAUUCCGUAUCCGAUUAAAGUACCCGUCAAAGUCGCAGUGCCAGUGCCAUACCCGGUCAAGACAUACCAGCCCGAACAUUACGAACACCACGAACAUCACUAGAACGGCGAAUAUUAAACUAACUAACUUCUUGAUCUAGUCACACUAUUCACCUAAUCCCAAAUAUUUACUAUUUCUUAUUGUGAUUGAAUACUGUUUUUUAUAAUGCAAUGGAAACAUUAAGAAAAACCUU